AUGUCGAGCUCUGUUGAUUACACACAGGACACCCCACUUUUUGCGCUUUCCCCAGUGGACGGACGGUACAGGUCCACUACCGCCCCUCUUCGCGCAUAUUUCUCUGAGUACGCUUUCUUUAAGUACCGCGUGCGUGUGGAGGUUGAGUAUUUCAUUGCGCUUUGCAAGGAGGUGCCGGCGAUCGUUCCGCUGCGGAAUGUUACGGAUGCACAGCUCCAGCAGCUGCGCGAGAUCGCGGUGAACCGGUUUUCCCUUGCGGAUGCGGAGGAGAUUAAAAAGAAGGAGCGAGUGACGAAUCACGACAUUAAGGCGGUGGAAUACUUUUUAAAGGAGUGGAUGGCCAGCAAUGGUCUUGCACACGUCUCGGAGUUUGUUCACUUUGGUUUGACGUCACAAGAUGUCAACAACACAGCUAUUCCAAUGAUGCUUCGCGAUGCUAUCAAGGCGACGUACAUUCCUGGUCUGGAUGAUGUAUUGAAGACACUGGAAGGUAAACUUGGCGAAUGGGAUAUGCCGAUGAUUGCGCGAACGCAUGGCCAGCCAGCGUCCCCGACAAACCUUGCAAAAGAGUUUAUGGUGUGGAUCGAACGGCUCCAGGAGCAGCGCCGGCAGUUGAUUGAGAUUCCCACAUGUGGUAAGUUUGGUGGUGCGACUGGUAACUUUAAUGCCCACCUUGUGGCGUACCCCUCUGUGAACUGGCGCAGCUUUGGUGAUCUAUUCCUCUCCAAGUACUUGAACCUCAAGCGUCAGCAAUACACAACGCAGAUUGAGCAUUACGACAACUUGGCUGCCCUGUGUGAUGUCUGCGCACGGCUGCAUGUGAUCCUCAUCGAUCUCUGCCGCGAUGUUUGGCAAUACAUUUCGAUGGGGUUUUUCCAACAGAAGACGAAGGCGGGGGAAGUGGGCAGCAGCGCGAUGCCGCACAAGGUGAACCCAAUUGACUUUGAAAACGCUGAAGGCAACCUUUUGACGAGCAACGCCCUGUUAAAUUUCUUUUCCGCCAAACUGCCCAUAUCACGUCUUCAGCGAGACCUAACAGACAGCACCGUCCUGAGAAAUUUGGGUGUACCGAUCGCCCACGCUUGCGUCGCCUUUGCUUCCAUCGUACGGGGAAUAGAGAAACUGCUUGUGCACCGUGAGACAAUUGAGAAGGACUUAUCAGCCAACUGGGCGGUGGUUGCAGAGGGCAUCCAAACCGUUCUUCGUCGUGAAUGCUACCCGAAGCCAUAUGAGGCCCUGAAGGAAUUGACACGUGGCAACCGUGAGGUGACAAUGGAGACGGUGCAUGAGUUCAUAAAUGGGCUCACUGGCAUAUCGGAGGAAUUGCGGAGUGAGCUACUGCGUAUAACCCCUUUCUCAUAUCUGGGAUAUGUACGAACGCAUGUAUGA